AGAAGCAACAGGUAGGCAACAGCUCUAAUUUUGAUUUUCUUUUAGUGGUUUUGGGAAUUUUUUUUUUUGGGGAGAAAUUGUGAAAGUUGUGUUCUGAUUUUUUUUUUUUUUUAAUAACGGUGGUGGUAGGCAUUUCUUGCUGAGAGAUAUGUAUGAUGAUAUGAUGCUGGAUGGAGUACAGCCAACUAGGGAUACAUUCCAUUCUGUCAUCAGUUAGUGGAAAGGUGCUUUCAUGUUUGUUAUCAUGGACUUUCAUUCUUUCUGGAAUUUUCCGUUUGCUUGAUUUUGUUUUGUUGCAGGUGGAUAAGCAAAAUGCUCAUUUCUUUGGUGUUACGAUCAACGAGCAACAAGCCGAGUGUGGUAUUGUAGUAAGAGUUACUUCAAAUGCACAAAGCAAAUUUAAGUUACUUUAUUUCGAGCAAGAUGUGAAUGGCGGUUAUGGUUUGGCCCUACAGGUACCAUAUCUUCUUUCCUAUUGUGUCUCCAAUCCAUUUUCCAUUUUAUAGUGCAUAUGAUUUUUGCAUUCUGAAAGCUGUCAUGGUUGUUUAAAAAAUUUGAAGCAUAGAUGGAGUCAACAGUGCCAAUGAUCAUAUACAAUUGGUAGAAAUGUUUUGUAAUACUCUUGUCAUGUUAAACUUUCUGCUGUUAUAUCCUUCAAUUUCUAAGUACUAUGCGUCUCUAAUUUAUUUUCAAAGCAUAAAAUUGUGGCUGUGAAAUUGUGAUUUUGAAUAUCACACAUGGGUAGAACUUAAAAUUAGUAACCUACCUGUGAAUGUGACAAUGAUGCUCAACUUCUCUUUUCAAGUGAAUGUCAUUGCAUUGUUUCAAGUGGUCAAGUGGUAUUGGUGUGGCAUUUCAAUGUAUUUCUGUUCAGUCCUCUGACCUCAUUCCCAAGGGCUUUCUUACUUGCAAUUUGACUACAAUCCUUUAAACAAUUGACUUAUAUAAUUGUACUAUGAUUUUAUGUAGCAUGCUUCUUUUUAUUUUACUUUGGUUCAGCAAA